UGGACGGGACACGCUCCCCCCAGCUCCAAACGUUUCACUGGAAACUCAGAAUUGAAACUCAGAGGAACUUGCCAUCAAGGGAUUCUGGGACCCCACAGGAUUUUCUUGAGCACUGGGUUACCAUCUUCAGGGUUAACUGCCUCGGGUCCAGGAGUGGAGUGACAACCGGCUGACCCUCAUCUGGACCAACCUCACUGGAUAGUGUUGUGAAGUCACCUCAGUUCUCUUGUAUGUGGGGAUCUAACACACGUGUCCAGCCGGUCCACUUUUGAGCCCAGCGUUGAGGGGAGGCUGUUCAUGCCCUAGUGGAGACACCACGGCCUGCUGACCGUAGCAUCUAUAUAUCUAUAUUCAUAAACUCAUACGUGUGUAAGUGAUGGGUGCGGCCUUUAAGAGGUUCUGUGCUCGUUUUUGCUGCUGCUGUUGCUGUGAUGAGGAGGAGGAGGAAGAGAAGAGACCCAUACUUGGGAAUGAAACGCUGGAGUACUUCAACCGUGAAGCGCAGAAGAGGCGGGACCAGGAGACCAACCUGUGGAGCGAGCCUGGAGACCCCUCCCACUCUGAGAGAGAUGACGAUCGAACGCUUUACAACCUGCUGCAGCAGAGGGCAAAGACACGAACAGGCUCAACGGGCUACCGUCGUCUGAGCGUAGACAUCGAGGCCGUGAGGGAUUUCAGACGCGAGGUGCGGGACAAGUGGAAGAUGCUCCUGGAAAACCUGGGUUUCAUGGCAGAGGCGGAGUCUUUGCUGACCGUGUCAUCGGGCGCCUCGCUGGACCGUAUGCGUAACGCCCCGCGCUCCCGUGCUCUACUGCAGACCCUCGCCUCUGAGACCUCCAUCUUCAGCAGCAGGGAGCCUCCACCCGAGAGAUACCUCUUCAUUCUGGACCGUUUGAUCUACCUGGACGCCGCUGACGACUUUGUGGCAAAGGCUCGCCGCUUCUACCCUCCCAAAGACAGCGACGAUGAGGAAGAGGGGUCAGGGCUGUCCAUCAACCUCCCGCUGCUGCUCUCCAGAAUCCAGCCGGCCGUGUCCGGAGGCGAGGACGAAGUGGACGGAGAGGACGGCAGCGGCCGAGACGAUGACAACUACAACGGCCGCGAUUGAACACAAGGAAGAGGAAGAGGAAGAGGAAGAGGAAGGGCGAGGAAGGAAUGUGAGGGGAGAGGAGGUGCAUGCUGAAGAGCUUACGGGAGGUGGAUUAAGGAGUGCAUGGGGCAAUUCCGCGCAAAACUGUCACAUCCAUAACGGCAACACAAUGCCAUGGUAUUUAGUUGGCGUUAUGGAUGUGACAGUUUUGCAUGGCAUUGCCCCAUGUCAAAUGUGAUGUUUUAACAUGUGAUGUUUUAAACACCCAAAACCUGCAUUGCUGUUUUAAUUGACCAGAUAGACCAAUUAACCUUUCGCCUGACAUUAAUUAUAUUACGAAGAGUUUGCUGUACAUUCUAGAUAUUUUGACUUGAUCUCAUAAAAUAAAAUUUUAGGAAUUCCAUCAAUAUUUUAUCUUUGGAACCUGGUGCCUGCAGUAACAUUUUCUGUAUGUAAUUUGGCCAGACAAGUAUUACUUCCAUGGCAUGUGGUGCUUGUGAGUCUCUAGAGGGUCAGUGCUGCAGGCAGUGGUGUUGGGAUGACUCGGAGUGCUCGACUGCAACGCUUCAGGCCCCUAGUGUCCCUUCCUAAACAGCAGGACUGUCUCGUGAUCCUCAUACUGUCCCUCACACAGUCACUAAUUAAACAUUCGUGUUUCUUAGAGCAGAAACACAAACAGCCUUGCCUGAGAGAGAGAGAAAGAGAGAGAGAGAGACUGUGGAAGUGUGUGAUGAAAUAAUUAGGCAAGUCUAAGAAACUCUUGAGAAAAUAAAUGGUCUGUUUAAG